GAGAAGUGUAGGUGAGCAGAAAGUAUAGCUAAAGUUGAAGGUGAUCAAUUCUGUAAGAUUCUUCUUUGUUCCCUUUACUUUCUUGUUUUUCCUUCUUCACUACCUCCCAAUUAUUACAUUGACUCUCAGAAUUUUAGCCCUUUUAUGUGUGCCCCCCCUAUAUAUUAGCUCAACUGUGAUUUGGUUGAACAUGGGAAUUGAAGUUCGAUAUGCAAGUUUUUUGGAGACUAAAAGACUGCUAUGGAUAGUGGCAUCAAUUUUUGUUAUGGUUUUGAUCAUUCAAUAUUUUCUAUUUCCCUCCAAAGGUCAAGUAGCCACCAUUCAAUCUGCUUAUUCUACUGUAUCCGCAAAUCUCACCUUUUUCAACACUACUGCCAAAACUGAGCUGUCAAAGACAAAUGAUGCUACCAUUAUUGAACAUACUGAAAUUGAAGACAAAUUUACACAGCAGGUUGCUCAUGGUUCUGAAUUUGUUAUGCAAACACCUAAUGUUACAUCUGAAAAUAAUUUUGUACUAGAUCGUAUAACCACAACGGUUAUCUCUCCUUUAACAUCUUCCAGCCAAAACCAAUCAACUGGUCAUUCUUGCCUCAGCAAUAUUCCUUCUGUAAUUGAAAGGUCUGACAGAGCACGAAAAAGUGUGGCAUCAAUAUCUCAAAUGAAUUAUAUGCUGCAACAAAGUCAAAAUUCAUUUUGUUCAAUGAAACCACGAUGGUCCUCGGUAGUAGAUCAAGAACUAUUACGUGCAAAAGAUCUGAUCGAGAAUACGCCUCUCUUACAGAGUGAGCCUCGAUUAUAUGCCCCUCUAUUUAGAAAUCUGUCCAUGUUUAAAAGGAGUUAUGAAUUGAUGGAGAAGACUCUCAAGGUUUACAUCUAUGCUGAAGGGGAAACACCCAUAUUCCAUUCCGGACCUCUCGAUGGAAUAUAUGCUUCAGAGGGCUGGUUCGUAAAGCUGCUUCAAGAAAACAAAAGAUUUGUCACUAAGAACCCCAAAAAGGCUCAUCUAUUUUAUUUGCCGAUAAGUUUCCGAUUACUGAAGUUGACAUUGUACGUGCCUGAUUCUCACAACCGUACAAAUAUAAUUCAAUUUUUAAGUAACUAUGUUGAUAUGAUUGCGCAAAAGUAUCGUUUCUGGAAUAGAACAGAUGGAGCUGACCAUUUUAUUGUUGCCUGUCAUGACUGGGCCCCUGCGGUGACGGAUGAAAUUAUGAGUAAUUGCAUAAGAUCUUUAUGCAAUGCUGACCUGAGAGGUGGCUUCCAGUUUGGUAAAGAUGUGUCUCUACCACAACCAAACAUUCGCUUGAGCACGAACCCUCUAGCUGAGCUUGGAGGAAAACCAGCUUCCAAACGGCAUACCCUUGCUUUCUUUGCUGGAAAUAUGCAUGGUUAUCUCCGCCCUGUACUACUGAAGCACUGGGAGAACAGAGAUCCUGACAUGAAGAUUCAUGGUGGAAUAACUAAGGCAAGCUAUUUACGGUACAUGAAGAGCAGCAAAUACUGUAUAUGUGCAAGAGGUUCUCAAGUCAACUCUCCUAGAGUGGUAGAAGCUAUUUACUAUGGAUGUAUCCCGGUGAUCUUAUCAGAUAACUAUGUGCCCCCGCUCUUUGAGACUCUAAACUGGGAAGCUUUUGCUGUAUUUGUCCAGGAGAAGGACAUCCCGAAUUUGAAAAACAUACUUCUGUCUAUUCCGGAUAAGAAAUAUAAGCAGAUGUACGGGAGAGUUAAGCAGGUGCAACAGCAUUUUCUCUGGCAUAUUAAGCCUUCUAAAUAUGAUGUGUUUCACAUGAUACUCCAUUCAGUUUGGCACAACCGAGUUUUUGGAAUAAGACCUAGUUGAUAAAUAGCUUGUAGACUUGAAGAAGAAACAAUAUAUUUUUCAUUUUUGCUUCACUUUUAGCUUGUGUGGUAUAUAAACAGCAGGUUGAUGUUCUUACAAGAUGUCUGAAGAGUUCGGUGGCUUUUAGUACGUCAGUUUUUCUCAUGUGACUAUUGCAGCCUGGUUGAAUUGAUCUGUUCAUGUUAGUAAGCGACGGGAUGAACCUCAUGAGCUAGUGAGACUUUGAUAACAUCCUUGUCCCAUAUACCUAUUUCGAAGAGAGAGAAUAACGAGUAAGGAAACAAAAGUGUGGCAUUCAAUGUUACUGUUUGGUGUUGUGAAAAUGAAAAGGUGAGUUACAACUGAUAAUCAGAAGUACCUUUCAAGUGAACACUGCAAGUUGGAUUGGAUGCACAUGUGGCGCACAUGACUGGGGAUGCAGAUGAGGUGGGUCGAGAAGGACUGACAGGGUUCUAAGUUGGAAAGCUUCUUAACAAUGGGUGCACUUGAUACUUGAGCAAAUGCCGCAUCAGGAAGGAGAGCAAAGUGAAUUGCUAUGUAUUAUAGAUCACAAAUUCACAUUAUAUGCGUGUUUUGGGGCUGAGCCUAAAUAGGAAGAAUAAGAAUAGGACAUCAUAGACCGCACCUCUCAUUUCCUGCUAGUCUAAGUUACACUUAGUUGUGUGAGGAAUUCAGUAAGUCCCCAAAACAACAAAAGUUUUGUUUGAUGUUUGGCACAAUUACGAGAAGAAGAGGCCUAACGUGAUGAAGAACAGCCUGUCAAGAUAGCCAGGAUAACUGCCUAGCAUAGCAACCCCACAAGGGAAAUUAAGAAAUAAUAACCUUGUGGGAGGAGGGGUAUGUAGGCAAGUCAUCCUUGGCUAAUAAACAAAGACUCUUCACUUCAGGUAAGGCCUCUCUUCUUAACAUUUUAGUUUCUCUUGAAUGCCUUGACAUGAGUUAUGGAUCAUUUGAUUCUGUAUUUAUAAGCCCAAAAAGAAAUGUCAGAUGCAUUUUGGCACCAA